GUAGAAGACCAAGUAACCAGUUUACUUACUAUCAAAUCAAUAUGUAUACAAUUAAAAAAAAAUAAUUAUUUUUUAACCGAAAUAUAAAAAAGAACAAAAUAAUGUUUUAUUAUUCGUGUAUGAAAAUUUUAAAUUACAAUUAAUAAAUAUGAAGACUUCUGAUGAAACAAAUUACCUUAUGGAGGAUAUCAUAUCAAAUGAUUUAAAUACACGUGAUAUACCAAUUUUUGAACAACUAAAAUCUAUAACAAAUAACACAGAAGAAUUAAAAUGUUAUCAUGAAUUUUAUAAUCAUUCAACAAUAACGUCAAAAAUAUCAUCAAAAGCAACAGAUGGUGAUAGUGAAUCCUUUUGUCCAUUUUCAUUUGAUUCAGUAUUAUGUUGGCCAAAAACAUCAUCGAAUACAUUUGCAAUAAUUCCGUGCCUACGAGAGUUAAAUGGAGUCAAAUAUGAUGGUUCACAAAAUGCAACACGUUUUUGCUUUGAAAACGGUACCUGGUCCAGUUAUUCAAAUUAUGAUCAAUGUCGUCAUAUAGCAACAGAUCCAUCUGCGAUACAAGAAGAAUUACCCACUAUUAUAUAUUGCACAGGAUAUUUUUUAAGUUUAAUAGGAUUAACUUUAGCACUAAUCGUUUUCGUAUAUUUUAAAGACCUGAAAUGCUUAAGGAAUACAAUUCAUGCAAAUCUUUUUCUAACUUACAUCUUAUCGGCAUCAUUGUGGAUUCUAACGUUAUUUCUCCAGGUCAUGGCAGAGUCACCAAGUUCAGUUGGAUGUGGAAUUUUAGUACUUUUAUAUCAUUAUUUUCAAUUAACAAAUUUUUUUUGGAUGUUAGUUGAAGGUUUGUAUCUUUACACGCUUGUUGUACAAACGUUUUCAAGUGAUAACAUUAAAUUUGCUAUUUACGCAUUUAUUGGCUGGGGAUGUCCAGCGAUUAUAGUAGUUAUUUGGUCCAUAGCAAAAAUGUAUACACCAGCACUGAAACCAGAAUAUUUUGCUGGGCUUCAAAUUGAUUGUUUAUGGUUACGUGAAUCUGAUGCAGAUUGGGUACAUAUCGUUCCAACAUGUUUAGUUUUAAUAUUAAAUUUAAUAUUUCUAAUACGAAUAAUGUGGGUACUUAUAACAAAACUGCGUUCAGCAAAUACACAAGAAACCAGACAAUACCGUAAAGCUUCAAAAGCUUUAUUGGUUUUAAUACCAUUAUUAGGUAUAACAUAUCUUUUAGUAUUAGAAGGACCAUCACAUGGACUAGAGAGUCACAUAUUUAAUGCUGUACAAGCACUUUUAAUAAGUACACAAGGACUUUCAGUAUCAGUGUUUUUUUGUUUCCUCAAUUCAGAAGUAAGACAAGCUUUAAGACAUAAAUUGGAAAUAUGGCAUGAUGCAAGAAAUAUAAGUACAGGUAGCUCAACAAGAAAUAGGAGUCGAUAUAAAUUGUCCAAAGAUUAUUCACCAAGAUCAAGAACUGAAAGUUUACGUUUGACCUCUACCAAUACCACUUGCACAACUUUAAAUUAGAUAUAUUAUGCAUAUGUAUUGGCAUAUACUUAAUAUAAAAAGUACGGAAGAAUGUUCGAUUUUUAUAAGACCUUAGCAGUUAAGGGAAUCUAGAAGGAAAUCUUCAAUUCAACGAACUUACGUUUAAAUUAUAUUUAUGUGAACGCAACCAAAAAAAACCAACAUUAAAUCAAAGAUCAACAAAAAAAUUGAACUUGAAACCAAUUUGUAAAUACUGAAAUAAAAGUUUUCAAUGAAAUUUGUUAAUAUUUAGGAACUUCUUGGAAAAUUAAAUUAUUCAUGUCUACAUUGUAACUACAUACAUAGUGUGCAAAAAAAAAAUAAUUAUACAUUGUACUUGUAAUUUAUAUAUGUAUACAGAAAUAUAAAUAAAAUAUAAAUAUUUUACGUAGUCUUAUA